CGGUGAGUCCUCGCCGAGCAAGAGCUGGAAGGGCGGGAACGGAAGACGCAGUCCCGGCACCCAUUUUCUAGACAACAGAUGUGAUUCUCGGCGUCCUCGUUUAUCGAGCGCCUCCCGAGGCCCGGCCCUGGGAUGCAGCCGGGCAAUGAUCGGCUUAGUCUCUCCCUGAUGUAUCAGCGGACGAUACAUCACCCUGAUAAGGCCGCGACUCACCAAAGUUGUGACAGAGGAGCUCGUGGAAUAGGGAGCUAGUCCUGGGUUGUGGGCGCGCUGAAUCCUGCUUAUCGAUGAAAUGCAGUUGACACAUCAGCUGGACCUAUUUCCCGAAUACAGGGUGACCCUUCUGUUAUUUAAAGAUGUAAAAAAUGCUGGAGACUUGAGAAAAAAGGCCAUGGAAGGUGCCAUUGAUGGCUCAUUAAUAAAUCCUACAGUGAUUGUCGAUCCAUUUCAGAUACUUGUGGCAGCAAACAAAGCAGUUCACCUCUACAAACUGGGAAAAAUGAAGGCAAGAACUCUAUCUACUGAAAUUAUUUUCAAUCUUUCCCCAAAUAACAAUAUUUCAGAGGCCUUGAAAAAAUUUGGUAUCUCGGCAAAUGACACUUCAGUUCUGAUUGCUUAUAUUGAAGAGGGAGAAAAACAAAUAAAUCAAGAAUACCUGAUAUCUCAGGUAGAAGGUCAUCAAGUUUCUCUCAAAAAUCUCCCUGAAAUAACAAAUAUUACAGAAGUCAAAAAGAGAGUUAUCACCAUAACUGCAAUUGAAACUUUUGACGUAUAUAAACUAUCUUCACAAGAAGAAAGUAUUGGGACAUUAUUGGAUGGUAUCAUUUGUAGAAUGUCAACAAAAGAUGUUUUGUGAAAUGACAGAAAGAUUAAAAAUUUUCAGCAAUUAUAAAAAACAUUCAUUAUUUUUUCCGGAUUAUAAAAUCUAUUAUGUUUGUUGUAGAAAAUUUUAAAACACAGAAUGGUAACAAAGAAAAAAAAAACACAACCAUUCCUGAUCCUAUCUCUUAAUAUUUUAAAAGAUAACCAUGGUUACUGUUAUUUGUUAUUGUCUUCUAGUCUUCUGUUUCUGUUCAAAUAUAUUUUAUUUUUAUGUAAGUGGAAUAAUUGCUAACAUUUAUUGGGUGUCUACAAUGUACUGAGUUCUUGUCUUCAUGACUUUAUAUCCCUCAGCUCAUAUUCCUGCACUUACUUCUGGCUACUCCAGCAUUGCUGUUCCAAGCCUCCUGGUUCCAAGUUUUUACAUGCAAGAAUUCAUUUAAUUAUCACAGCAUCAUAUGAGGCAGAUACUGUUAAUACUCCCAUUUUACACAAAGGCAACUAAAAGGUUGUAGAAGUAAUAAAUAAUUUGCCCAAGGUUUUACAGCUAAAA